UCGCACUCGCUCUCAUACUCUCUCUCUCGCACUCGCUCACCCACUCGCUCUCGCACUCGCUCUCAUACUCUCUCUCUCGCACUCGCUCACCCACUCGCUCUCGCACUCGCUCUCAUACUCUCUCUCUCGCACUCGCUCACGCACUCGCUCACGCACUCGCUCUCAUACUCUCUCUCUCGCACUCACUCGCACUCGCUCACGCACUCGCUCUCGUACUCUCUCUCUCGCACUCGCUCACGCACUCGCUCUCGCACUCUCGCACUCGCUCUCAUACUCUCUCUCGCACUCGCUCACGCACUCGCUCUCGCACUCUCGCACUCGCUCUCAUACUCUCACGCACUCGCUCAUGCACUCGCUCAUGCACUCGCUCUCGUACUCUCGCGCUCUCGCUCUCGCACUCGCUCUCAUACUCUCUCGCACUCGCUCAUGCACUCGCUCAUGCACUCGCUCUCGUACUCUCUCUCGCACUCGCUCUCUCUCUCACACACACUCACUCUCGUACUCUUUCGCGCUCUCUCGCACUCGCUCUCGUACUCUCUCUCUCUCACUCGCUCUCGCACUCGCUCUCAUACUCUCUCUCUCACUCGCUUACGCACUCGCUCAUGCACUCGCUCUCGUACUCUCUCUCGCACUCUCUCUCUCGCACUCGCUCAUACACUCGCUCUCGUACUCUCUCUCGCACUCGCACUCGCUCAUGCACUCGCUCUCAUACUCUCGCGCUCUCUUUCGUACUCACUCUCGUACUUUCUCUCUCUCUCGUUCUCUGUCUCUCGCACUCGCUCUCGCACUCGCUCACGCACUCACUCUCGUACUCUCACGCUCUCUCUUUCGCACUCACUCUCGUACUCUCUCUCUGUCUCUCUCACUCGCUCUCACACUCGCUCACGCAUUGGCUUUCGUACUCUCGCUCUCUCUCGCACUUGCUCACGCACUCGCUCUCUCUCGCAGUUGCUCUCACCCGAGUUUGUGUCUGUCUCUCGUUCUCUCAUUCUCUAUCUCUUUCUCUCUCUCUGUUUCUGUCUCUGUGUGUCUGUCUGUCUCUCUUGCUCUCACUCUUUCUCUGAUUCUCUAUCUCUCUCCCUCUCUCUGUCUCAUUGUUCUCUCCCCCCCUUUUCUCUUUCUGUGUGUGUCUCUCUCUAAUUCUCUCUGUCUCUCUCUCUCUAAUUCUCUCUGUCUCUCUCUUUGUCUGUCUCUCCCUCUCUCUGUACACUGUCUCUUCCUUCCUCUCUCCCUCCUUCCCUGUCUGUCGCUCUGUCUCUCUCUGUCUCUCUAUCUCUGUAUGUGUGUGUAUCUAAUUCUCUCUGUGUGUCUCUUCCUCCCUGUGUCUCUGUCUCUUUCUCUCUCUCUCCCUCUGUCUGUCUCUCCCUCUCCCUCUCUUGCCUCUGUUUGUCUGUGUGUGUCUGUCUCUCUUCUCUCUCUCUUUGUUUCUACCCUCAUAAGACAGAACACCUCUUUAAAUCUCCAUAUCAGAAUGAAAGGAAAACAUCUAUCCACAUCUUUACAUCUUUGCAAGAAGAUCCUGAUGGCUGGGGCCAGAGAUGCCGACUUGAAGAAAUCUGCCUUCCUCAGUCUUGCCAAGAUGUACACAAAAGCAAUCUGGCAGCACCAGUUCCAGUUCACUACCUCUGUCCUUUCGCCCAUUGUUGUUUCCCUAGGAGGAGCAGAAGUUAGCCAUUCAGAUAUGGAUCCAAGGAACACACUGCUCAAUUAA